UCUGAAAAGAAAAUAAGUAAACUGUUUUGUUUGGCUAUGGAGAUGUAUUCAAGUUCAAAUAAUUCCGAUUUUGCUGUGCUAGACUCAGUUCGGGACUACUUACUUAGCGAGUCAUCCGACCUCGUUCCUCCCAUGUUUUGCCGGAGCUCAAGCUUUAGCCGUCUGUACCCUUGUUUCACCGAAACCUGGGGAGAUCUUCCUCUCAGAGAAGACGAUUCCGAAGAUAUGCUCGUUUUUGGACUUUUACGAGAUGCUCUGAUCGUCGGCUGGGCUCCGUCCGAUAAGUUAUCAACGAAUUUCACGCCGAUUAAACCAGAAACUCAAGAGUUUUCAACGGAUAUCAGAUCGGCGGAGAAAAUGGAAACGACGGCGGAGACGACGGGUCCCACGGUGGUUCCGUCGAAAGGGAAGCAUUACAGAGGCGUCAGGCAAAGGCCGUGGGGGAAGUUCGCGGCUGAGAUUAGGGAUCCGGCUAAAAAUGGGGCUCGGGUUUGGUUAGGUACUUUCGAGACGGCUGAGGAUGCGGCUUUGGCUUAUGACAAAGCGGCUUAUAGGAUGCGUGGAUCCAGAGCUUUGUUGAAUUUUCCAUUGAGGGUGAACUCGGGUGAGCCUGAUCCGAUCCGAAUAACGUCAAAGAGAGCGUCGCCUGAGCCGUCUUCGUCUUCCGCCUGGCCGAAAAGGAGGAGAAAGGCGGCUGCAGCAGCUCAGGCUGUGGUUCAAGCCGGGUUCGACGUGGGGUCUGGAGCGGAAGUCAAGUAUCAAGUUAGCUUGUGUACACAUGGCGAACAGCUAUUGGUUAGCUGAUGCUGAUGUGGCCGUGGAUUAACGUCAGCAGUGAGCUAAUUCACGUGAAGUACAUUCCUGGAUUU